AUGAAUGAUCAAGAGAAACGGAAAUAUGCAAAGGUUAUUGAAAAUGUUAAGUAUUUUCAAAAUGAAAAUAUUUUGCUUGAAAAUUUAAAUGUAUUUCAUAAGAAUAACAUAAAAAAAGACAAUAAUAUAGUUAUAGAACUUAUUGAUAUAUUUUUAGAUGAUAAUAAUUAUUGCAAUAAUGAAAACUUUCUUUUUGAUUAUAACUUGUUAAAAACAAAUAAGGAAAUAAAUUUAAAUAUAACAAAGAAAAAUAAAUCAAAAAUUGCAAAACAAUUUAAAAUAAAUGUUAAAAACAAACAUGUAGAAAAGGUAAAUGAAGAUGAUAUAUAUUAUUUUGCGUUAAAAUCGAAAAAUAUAUGUAAUUAUAAUCGUGAAUUUUUAAAUGCUAAGAAAAUAUUAUUUGAAUAUAUUUGUAAUGGUGUACUGGAAAAAUGUGUAGAUAUAAAUUAUUUAAUAGAUAGAAUAUAUGUCGAUUUUCAAUUAAAAAAAAAUAAUACUUAUCAUUUAAUUCGUAAUAAUGAUAUUAUAAACAUUUUAAUAGAAACUAUUUAUAAAAUUUUUAUUAAUAACAUUGAUCAAGAAAGUAAUAUUUAUAAUGACGAAGACGAAGAAAAUGACGAAAGUAAAACAAAAAGAAUUACAAAAAAUCAAAAUAAAACAAGUGAUAAUAAUAUAUAUUAUUGUAGAAAUGAGAUGCAAAAAAGUUAUUUGACAUAUUCAAAAGAACAAAGAAAAUUAGAGGGGGGGAAAAAUAAUGUUGGUAGCAAUGAAUCUAUUAAUUAUUUAGAGUUAUUCAAAAUAUUAAUCACUAUUGAUAAAAGUUUUGUUAAAAAUAUAUUUUAUAUUUUUUUAAAAAAUAUUGAAACAUUAAAAAUAAAAAAAAUUAAUAAGGUUUGUAAUAAACUUUUUAUAAUAUUAAAGCAUUUAAUAAGCUAUUUAGACGAAUUUGAAAUAGGAACCAUUUAUAAUAUUUUUUUGAGUAACGAUUUAUGUAAUGAAAUCAAUCAAAAAAAUAACACCUUGUAUAAUUAUAUUAUUAUGCUAUGUUUAAUAAAUUUGAGAAAUGUAUACAAUACAUAUAAUAUGGAAUUAUGUAUGAAUAUGAUUUCGGAAAAAUUAAUUAUUGACGAUAAGGAAAAUUCAAUAAAGGAAAAUUUGUGCUUAGCCAUGAUUGAUAUUAAUAAAAAUGAAGAAGAAAAUCAGCACCAAAAUAAUUCCUUAGAUGUGUGUACCCAUAAUAGUUUAGAAGAAGAAACUGAUGAAAAAAAGGAAGAUUUUUCUUAUAAUAAUAACGAAUUAGAUACUAACUCAUAUUGCAAUAUUGAAAAUGAAAAAGAUAAUAAAAUUACAAAGACAUGCACUAGUUAUUAUAAUAAAUCAACAAUAGAAAACAGUGAGAAUGGUUCCGAAUUUACUAUAAAUAAUAAAGAAAUAAAUAGGAAACAUAUAAUUUUAUUUAUACUAAUUUUCGCAUUAAAAAUAUAUGAUAUAAGUUAUAUUAAUGGAUGUGUGCAUAAACUUAUUAAAAAUUUUUUUCAUUUACUAAAAAAAUCAAUGCAUUUUAUGAUAAAUAAAGUUUAUCAUAUUAUAAAAACUAUAAUCUUCAUUUUGUUAUUAGUAUUUAGUAACUUGAAUAUUAAUAACAAUGAGACCGUUGUUUAUAUUUUAAAAUGCAUAGAUAUUUUGCUAAAAAUUUAUUACAAAAAUUUGGUGUUUAAUGAGGAAUAUCAUGAGGUAAGGAAUAAUAUUAGCGGCAGUAAUUCUAAUAGUUAUGCAAAAAAUCAUAAAAUAUUUGAAAAAAAUACUAUUGAAUUAAACAACAAAUGUGCUAAUAAAGAACCCCAAAGAAAUAACAAUGGAGAAGAAAAUGUAGAGGAUAGCUAUUCCGAUGAAAUAAACAUUUUUGAAUUUAACAUAUCGCCUAUUUUAUUGUUUUUGAUAAUUCAUAUAACUCUUGAAUAUAAUUUGAACAAAAAAUAUGUGGAGGAUCAAAAUAGCAUGAAUCAUAAAAUAAUGAGUUUGUCAUUAAAAUUGAAAGAAAAAUGGAUGUUAUACCUUAAAAAUUAUAAUCGUUUUUUUCUAAAGUAUUUAAUAAAAAGAGAUAAAGAUAUUAAAUUAUGUAGGAAUAAUGUAGAUGGUAAUUAUAAAUAUGAAGAUGGUGUAAAUGUGUAUAUCGAGAAUCUAAGCAUAAUAAAUAAUAUAAGAAAUGAAAUAAAAUAUUUGACUAAAGAAGUCGAUAAUUUUUUUGAAGAAGAUAUAUUAAAUAUUUUGUGUUUAAAUAAUAUAUUAUUUUAUAUAUAUGAAAUGUUUAAUCAUAUUGACUUAAUAUAUUUAAUUCGUUUUUUUAAUUUAUGCAAAAAUGUGAAGUAUACAUUUUGUUGUAUAAAUAUUGAAAAGGUAAGGAAUAAACUAGAUAUUUUGCUAAAGUUGAAUACAAAAUUAUGUAUUAAUACAUUUGAAAAUUUGAAAAUUGAAUAUAUAUCUAAAUGUAGUUAUAUAUAUAUAAAUGCAUUAAUAUUAUCAUUAUUUGAGUAUAAUUUAAUUUAUGUUUUUAAAUUUAUCUCAUAUUAUUGUUUAAUAAAUUCAUCCGAAUUGAUAAAAUUUUUACCAGCUUUAUUAUUUAUUUAUAAUUUACCAUAUGAUAAUUGUUAUAUAGAUAAUACGAAUUUUAAAAUAAAAACAUAUCAAAAUGUGUUAUAUUAUAACCAAAGAAAUUUCUAUCGUAUCUUAGUAAUCAGGAGUUUAAUUUUACACGCACUUUCAAAAAUAGGAUGUAGCGAUAGCAAUAUUCCAAUUAUUUAUAACUGUGUAUGUAUAUUAUUAAAUAAAAAUGUAAAUGAGAUUGAGAAUAAAACAAAACCAUCAACUUUGGAGGAUGACAAUAUUUGUAAUGAAAAAAACAUGAAUUAUGAACAAGAUUUUAGUAAACUACAUUAUUUAUAUUGUUAUGAUAAAUUAAUUGAUAGUAACGAAAACAUAAUGAGUAAAUACUUCAAAUAUAUCGAGACCAUUUUGAAUAAUCCUAUAGAAAGCAGUAAAGAAAGUGAGAAAAAAGGAAGUAGUUUCAAUAAAUUUAGUAAAAAUGAUUAUAUAGAAAAUGAUACUGAAAAUGACAUACUAGAUUGUGUUAAACAAGAUUUAGAUGUUCUUUUCGAUUUGAAAAAUUUGUUGAUUUUGCUAAAACUUAGCAGGUUUUAUAAUGUCAGUAACUAUAUAGAUAUUAUUAUAAAAUUAAUAAGUACAUACUUUCGUAAAUAUAAAAACAAGGUUAAAUUGAACAACGUAUACAAUAAAAUACAGAAUAAUAUAAUAAAAAUAAGCAUAUUAGUUUUAGUUGCUUUAUCAUUAAAAAAAUAUGUAGAAUUUGAAAUUAUUUAUAAUUUAUUAAAAAAAAACUUUUUAAAAAAUAAUGAUUAUAGCGAUUUUAAUGUGUGCAAUACGAAUAUACUUUGUUCUGUUAUUAUUUUUACAAGAUAUUAUAUAAAUUAUUUAGUUUAUAAAAAAAAAAAUAUGUGUAAUGAAGAAUAUGAUAUUUUAUAUCACACAAAAAUUAAAUAUAUUUUUAAAGAUUUCUCUAAAUUAAUAAAUUUAAAUAAUGAAAAAAUAUCAGAAGAACUUAUUAAUCUUGUAUCUUCAAUUUAUUCAAUAUAUUAUAAAAAUAAUGAAUAUAUUGAAGCUGAAAAUGUGAAAGAUGGUAUUAUCUCCAAUUUAGAAAAUGGUACUAGCAUGAAAACUGAAUUUGAUGUGGAAAAUAAUGAUAGAAGCUUGGAAAAUAAUAAUAUGACAUAUUACUUAAAUUUUUCAGAGAAUAGCAAUUUAAUGAGCCUUUAUUAUGAUAAACGUUUUGUACAUGAGUCAUUCUUAAAGUGUAAAAAAAUAAACAUUUAUGAAAAAUUACAAAAAGUUAUACUUACAGAUGAAAUUAAUAAUAUUUCAUUAUAUAAUUUAAAAAAUAACAACAAAAUAAAUAACAACCACUUGAUAAGAGUUUUAUAUAAACUGUUUAAUAAAAAUAUUAAAAAUGAUUCAAACUCAAAUUUUAAUUAUUAUGUUAAGUUGUUAUUUACAGAAAACUUUAAUAAUAUUGACGAAAUAAUUGGAAUUUUUAAAAAUUUACAUUUUUUUAAUGACCAUUAUAUUAAUUUAUUUUUUUACAUAAUUGAAUGUUUUUUUGAAAAGUUAAAAAGUAGAAUAAAAAAUAAGGAAGAGUUUAUUAUAUCUAUUGACGAUAAAACAAAUGAAGCAACAAAUUUGGUAACUCGAAAAAAAAAUAAAGAAAAUAUUAACACAUAUGGAAAUAAUAGUGAUAUAUCUAAAUCAUAUAAAGAAACCAUUUCAAAUAAAGGAUCUGAAAUUAAAUCUAUAAAAAAAGAAAAAGAGGAACACAAUGUGAUAAACAAAAAAGUAAAACAAAAUUUAUCUCAUGAAAUUAUCUGUAAUAAAAUAUAUGAAGAAACAAAAAAAAUGAUAAAUGAUGAAAAUUUAAACAUAUAUGUAUUUUAUCCGAUAUUAUGCAUAUUAUGUAAGUAUAAUAGUUAUAUAAAUGAAGUUAUAGAUUUUUUUUUACAAAAAAUUGAUAUGUAUAUGAAAGAAAAUGACACAAAAUUGAAGGUUGUAAAAAAUGAAAUGAUUAUAUCAUUACUAUGUUUAAAUUAUAUACAUAUAAACAUUUCCGAAGUUCCCCAAAUUUGCAAAUAUUUGAUUGGAAUAUAUAAGGAGGCAUCAAAAGAAAAAGGAGACGAAAAUCGAUAUAUUAAAAAUACACUUUUAUUUUGCUUAAGUUCAUGUUGUCAUUAUACAAAUUUAAGCACUGAUGAUAUUAUUACAAUUUUAAAUAUGCACAUUGAAAAUUUAGAAUAUGUGUUAAACUUCAAAAGUUGGAAUAACGAUGAGACUGAUAAAAACGGAAAUAAUAACUACACAAAUUACAACCAAAAUUAUGUUGAAUGUCAAUCAAAUCUAAAUAUGGAUUAUAAAAAGGAAGAAAUAAAUAAUUUAGAUAAAAAUGAAGAAAGCUUGAAAACUUUUGAUGAUCUUUACUUUUUUAUUUCGAUAAACAAUUUAUGUUUUUAUUUAUAUAAACACUAUAAUAACACAAAAUUUGAUGAGCUUAUAAAACAUAUAUAUAAUAUUAUAAUAAAUUAUUCUAAUGAGAAUAUAAAUAAUGUUAUAAUUACCAUUACAAAUAUUAUGAUGUAUUUAUAUAUAAAAAAAAUAAUAAAUAUUUAUGAUAUUAUAGAAAAUAUAAAAAUUAUAAUAAACCAUGUAAGAUUAAAUAUUCAGUAUAAUUCAAAAUAUGUUGUAUAUGGUAUGUGCUCAUUUUAUCGAUUUAUAAACUUUUAUUUAAAAAAAUAUUUUGGGUAUUUUUCGUACGAGACGGAUGAUGGUAAAAAUGAAGUAGUGGAAAAUGUGCCUAAUAAUAAUAUAAGGGAAAAUAGUAAUGAAAUAAAAUAUGAUGAUAUAAAAGAAAUAAUGAAAAUGUUGUCAAAUAGGGUAAAUAUACUUAUUGAAAAAUAUUUUGAUGAGCUUGAAGAUAAAAAUAUAAGUUUUCUUUCCUAUUUUAAUUUAAUAGGGUUAAAAAGUUUAGGGGAAUGUAUGAUAUCUGAUUGUUUUGAUUCUUUUGAUUGUUCUAAUAUGACAAUUUUAUUUAUAAAUAGAUUUAUAAAAAAACAUUUUGAAAUAAAAAAAAGUAUUAAUGCAACGAAUAAGAUAUUUGCUGAUAGUGACUCAUCUUCAUGUUCUGAAGAUAAUAAAAAAAAACAUAUAAAUAAAGAGAUUGGAAAUGAAGAUAUAAUAGAUAGAGAAGCUCCAGAAAUAUAUAAUAAUUUAUUUAUAUACAAUAAUAAUAAUCACAAAUUAAAUAAUGAUAUAAUAAUUAGUGAUAAUAAUACAAUUCUUAUAUUUGUGUAUUUGUUUUGUCAUAAGUAUUAUGAAGAAUUAAAUUGUUCAUUAAUUAAAAUUGAAAAUUUAGAUAAAAAUAACAUGUUGUAUUAUCUUUUUUCGAACUUAAUGUGUAUUGAAAAUUAUUUAAGAAAAUUUCUCCAAAUUUGUAAAAUUAUAGAUAUAGAAGAAGAGUUACACAUUUUACAAAAAAACAAAAAAAAAUAUGAAGAUAUAAAAUUGAAUAUGACAAAUAAUAGAACUGGAAACAAGAUGUAUUACUUAAAUUUUUUUAGUGAUGAAUUAUAUGAUAAUUUAAAUAUAUUUUUAAAUACAAUGAAAUUAAUAAAUUAUAUAAAAUUUGAUGUUCAAAUUAAAAAUAUAAUUUUAAACAUAUAUUCUUUUAUUUGUAAAUUUAUAACAAUUCUCUACAUAAUUUUAGAUAUAAUAAUAUGCAAUAUUGAAAAGGAUGUAGAUAUGGAAAAAAUAAAAAGUUUUUAUAAAAUUUAUGAAGAAGUUAUCAAAAAAGUUCAACUGUUAUAUGAAUGUAGAAUAAGUAUAUUUAAUUAUUUUUCUAUAUAUAGUGUAUUUAAUAGUUCAUAUAAUCAUAUAUUUUGCAACUUUAGUAAUAAUUUUUAUACGUUAAGCACAUAUGAAAAAUAUAUGUUUAUUAAAAGUAUAAUAAAUUUUAAAAAAAUAAAAAAAGAAGAAAUAAAAUUUAUUUUUUUAAAUAUUUUCAAAAAUUUAAAACUAUUUCACCAAGACACAUCCCUAUGGAUUUACACCAUUUCAAUAUUAAAAAUAUUAUUAAAAAAAAUAUAUAUAAGCGUGAAAAAAAAAAAUAAUAAGCAAACAAAAAAUGAGAAAAAUAGUGUUAAUUAUGAUAAUUUAGGUUCUUAUAUUAAGUUGUCGUUUGUUACAUUACUUGAAGAAGCUAUACUAGCAGUAUAUAAGGAAAAAUAUUACAGCUAUUAUUCAUUAAGUGAUAGUUUUAGAAAAAUUGUGAAUGAGAACAAAAGUGUUGAAUAUGAUAUUCCGAGGAUAGAAAAACACGAUUACAAUAUAAGUAGGACAAAAUUAGGCAACUAUUUAAAUGGAAAAAAAAGCAAAUAUGAAAUUGGAAAUGAUUAUAAUAAUGAAAACAAUGGUUUAGUUAACAAAAAAGUUAUAAAUGAUGAUGAAAAACACAAAAUACUAUAUUUAGAUAUGCCUUUUAGUAUUAUGAUGUGUAUAUCUGAUUUUGUUUAUUAUUUGUGUAAAUUAAUAGUUAAAGAACAAUUAGAAAACGAAAUAAAUAUUGAUGAGCUAAUAAAAAAUUGCCCUAUUCUUAUUCAAGGUUAUGUUCGACUGAAAUUUAAUGAUUCGUAUAAAAAAUUAAACAUGAUUAGAAAUAAAAUAUUAUUUCAUACAUUUGAGUAUAAUUUUACAUUUAAAGAAAAUUUUCAAAAUUUUUACUAUGUUGAAGAAUCAUGUAAAAAUAAUAAAAAGUUAUUGACACUAAAAUUUAAUUAUCAGAAAUUAACUGAAUAUUUUCAAACAAUUUUUUUGAUAAAAGAAUGUAUAUAUUUAUCAUAUAUAUAUAGUCAAUUUAGUGAAAAACAACAAAUAUUAGAUAACUUAUUGCAAAUGUGUGAUGCUAAUCAAAUUAAUAAAGAAUAUCUAUAUAUAUUAAUUACAUCAUUUACAUUAUUUUCUUUUAAAAAUAAUAAUAGUUCUUUUUUCAUAAACAAAUUUAUGUACAAUUUUGAUGUUGCUAAUUAUUUAGUUGAUGGAAUUUCCACUUUUUUAUUUGAGAAAAAAAUCGAUUUGACACAAAGAUACAAGAAUGAAAAUAGUGAAGAAGGAAUUUAUAAUUAUUUCAAUGUCUUAAAUAAGGAAACCUUUCAAAAUAAUACGAAUGGUAAUGUCAACAAAAAGUUAAUAAGUGAUGAUAGCAUUAGUAGUAAUCAAAAAAAUAACGUUAGCAAUUUAAUAAAAACUAAAGAAAUGAGUGAAGAAUACCAAGGAAAGGAUAUUAAUAUCUCUAAAAUAUUUUACAUUAUUGAAGAAGAAUUAAUAAGAACUAAAAUGAGAAAUAGUUUUUUUAAACAUAAGAAUAAAUUACUAAAGGAGGAAAAUUUAACAUAUGAAAAAUUUUUAGAAAAUGAUAUGUUUUUUUUAAAAAAAUUAGGAAUAUUUUAUUUAAUAAAAAAUAAUGAAGGAAGAACAAACUUAAGAGAUAAAUAUAAAAAUAUAUUAUCCUUUUUUUCUAAAAAUGAAAAAGAUGAUAUAUUUAUAAAAACUUAUGAUAUAUGCAAUUUAAAUGACAAGGAUAUUGAAAAAUAUGCAUGUACUCAGGAUAUUAUUGAUAAUUCCUAUUAUAACAAUAAUUCCUUUAACAAAAAAAGUGAAAAUAAUUCUUUUGUUUCUGAUGAUCAGGAAUUAGUUUCAAAAUAUUUCACUGUCCCUUUAUUUAUGAAGGAUGUCUUUACGUUUUUUGAACUUAGCUUAAAUAAAAAUAUUAUACUAAACAAUUUUAACGAGUUAUUCUAUAAAAAUAUUCCCAAUAUACAAGCAAAUAAAAAAGAAAAUGAAAAAAAAAAUAAAGAUAACAAUAAUGAUGAUAAUAAUAAUGACUGUAAAGAUGACGAAAAUGAUUCGUGUUCACUUAUCUCUGAUGAUGAGAAUAAUGUAGACAAAAUAUUGUUCGACGAAAAAAGAAAUAAAAAAAAAAAAAUAUUAUUUUAUGAUAAUGCCAUAUUAAAUUAUUUAAGUAUUAAACCACAGUUUUUAAACAAUUUUGAACUAUAUAUAGCAAAUGUUAGUUUUAUUAGCAAAUUAGUACGAAGUUUUUUAAUUGAAAAUAAUAGUAUAUCAAACAAAAUAAAUAUUGAUGAAAAUUCCAACUGCAAUGGAUUUUCUCACCAAUUUUAUUUAAUUCAAGCUUUUUUUAAUAAUUUGUCUAUAUAUUUCAUGAGUUUUACAAAAGGUUUCAUUCUCAAUAAUUCAGAAUAUUUAUAUCCUAAUUCGAAAUUACACCUUGUUUAUAGGGUUAUAAAUUUUUUAUGUGAAAAUUAUACAAAUAAAUAUUCUUAG